AUGACCAGGGGUGCUUGGAUGUGUAGUCGGCAGUAUGAUGACGGCUUAAAAAUCUGGUUCGCACCCCGGGAGAACGAGAAACCCUUCACGGAUUCAGAGAGGGCUCAGAAAUGGCGACUGUCCCUGGCAUCGCUCUUGUUUUUCACGGUCCUGCUCUCUGAUCACUUGUGGUUCUGCGCCGAGGCCAAAUUCACGGGGACCGGAGAGAAGGAGCAGCCGCCGCCCGAGAAGCCGGAGCCCGCGGAGCCGGAGCUGCUGGCGGGCAUGGGGGAGCCGGCGCCCCCCGCGCCCCGGCUCCUCGCCCCCCCCUCGCCCUCCCUCCCGCCCUCCCCCGGCAGCAGCGGCGGCGGCGGCCGCGGCGGCCGCACCAACGGCACCGAGCCCCGGCACGGCAAGGCUGCUUUCCUGGGGAACUCCACCGCCAGGCCCCCGGAGACGUGCCCCCCCCCGGGCUCCUCGUCCGGGCAGUGCUUCAGCGUGGGCGACGCGGAGGCGGUGUGCCAGCGGCGAGGGGGGUCGGGGCGGCCGCGGGGUACGGGGCAGAGCCCGGCGCCCGGCUGGGACCUGACGGAUUUUUACCUUUCCUUUUGUAAUUCCUACACACUUUGGGAGUUGUUCGCCGGGUUGUCCAAUCCGGACACUUUGAACUGCAGUCUGGAUGUGGUGCUGAAGGGGGAAGGCUCCUGCAGCCAGUGCGUCCAGGCUUACCAGCGCUACGACCAGCACGCUCAGGAGAAAUACGAAGAGUUUGAGGUUAUGCUCCAGAAAUAUUUACAGUCGGAUGAGUACUCGGUGAAAUCGUGUCCUGAGGAUUGUAAGACUGUCUACAAAGCCUGGCUCUGUUCCCAGUAUUUUGAAGUCACACAGUUUCACUGCAGCAACAGAAUUCCUUGCAAGCAAUACUGUUUGGAGGUUCAAACGAGGUGUCCCUUUAUAUUACCAGACAAUGAUGAUGUCAUCUAUGGAGGACUAUCAAGUUUCAUCUGUACAGGGCUCUAUGAAAACUAUCCAACCAAUGCAGAACCAGAAUGCUGUGAUGUCAGAUGGGGACUAUUAUCAGAUCAUCAACCCAAAGGGACUAUAAAAACAAGUGGCUCAACAAUGUGUCACAGGACAUCGCUCACAGUUUCAUCAGCAUCAAGACUGUGUAACAGCAGACUUAAACUGUGUGUUCUUGUAUUAAUUCUCUUACAUACAGUACUUACAGUCUCAGCAGCACAGAACUCAACAGGACUGGGCUUUGGAAGCAUAACGACUUUGGAAGAUAAUUCAACCAAUGAGGAAUAAAAGAAAGGAUUCAUCUUACAUGAUAGAAACACAACAGGCCCAAAUUACUACAGUAAAAAAUAGCAAGGACUGAGUGCUUUACCCUCAGAGCUCUUCUUGAAUGACCUUUUGGGUAAAAUGAAAAGAAUGGGCCGCUACCUAAACAACGAGGACACACAAAUGCAGCUUUUUAUUGACUAAAAGGCUGUUUGGUGACUUAACUUUCUCACACCAUUUUAUACACUGUGUUUUAAUGUUUGGAGUUUCUUUUUUUUUGUUUAUUUUUUGCACUUGUUAAUACAGGAUUUUAUUUUUGGGACAGUUUCUCAAAGCUAAAUUAAGUCUUUUCUCUGUCGAUAUAUUUCUAGUCAUUGUGUGUGUUCAUCUGAUAGUUCUGUCUUUUAUGUCCUGUCAGUUUCUAUUAGAGGAAUGACUGCUAUGAUUUCAUGACAUAGCA